AAUUUUCUUUCUUCUUCUUCUUCUCUGUUUCUUUCUUAUUUCUCUUCUUCGUGUCACUAUUUGAAUCUGAUUUUGUCUCGUUUCUUUCAAUCUUCUUCCCGAAUCUGAUUCUUUCUCACGUUUUUGGAUUUCAAAUCUCAACGGGAAGCGAUCUCUUCUCAUAUUUCUCCCUUUGAAUCUCCCAAAAAUCUCGAGCUCUGUCGUCUAGUGACAAUUCGGAUUUGUAGCUCCGAUUCAUCGUUUUUAAAUCGAUUCAGGAAGCUACAGAUUCGAUUCCAGAUUCAGAUUUCUAUUCUUCCUCACGGAUUUGCUUGAAAAUCGAGUAGAAAAAUGGCGAAACGUGGAUAUAAGCUACAGGAGUUUUUGGCUCAUUCUGCAAAUGUGAAUUGCUUAAGUAUUGGAAAGAAGACAUCGCGGCUUUUUAUAACUGGCGGUGAUGAUUAUAAAGUCAACCUUUGGGCGAUCGGCAAGCCUACUUCUUUAAUGAGUCUAUGUGGACAUACUAGUGCAGUGGAUUCAGUAGCUUUUGACUCCGCAGAAGUUUUGGUGUUAGCUGGAGCUUCUUCGGGUGUGAUAAAGCUGUGGGAUGUAGAAGAAGCAAAGAUGGUUCGAGCUUUUACUGGACAUAGAUCCAAUUGUUCUGCUGUUGAAUUUCAUCCCUUUGGUGAAUUUUUGGCAUCUGGAUCAAAUGACGCGAAUCUAAAGAUCUGGGACAUCAGAAAGAAGGGAUGCAUACAGACGUACAAGGGUCAUACUCGUGGCAUCAACACUAUCAGGUUUACUCCCGAUGGUCGUUGGGUAGUGUCCGGAGGACUUGACAAUGUUGUAAAGGUAUGGGAUUUGACUGCUGGAAAGCUUUUACAUGAAUUUAAGUUUCAUGAAGGACCUAUCCGUUCGUUAGAAUUCCACCCACUUGAGUUCCUUCUAGCCACAGGUUCUGCUGACAGGACUGUAAAGUUCUGGGAUUUGGAAACGUUUGAGUUGAUUGGAUCUACCCGACCAGAGGCUACUGGAGUUCGUUCAAUCAAAUUUCAUCCGGAUGGGCGAACCCUAUUUUGUGGUUUGGAUGAUAGCUUAAAGGUUUAUUCAUGGGAACCUGUGGUUUGCCAUGAUGGUGUUGAUAUGGGAUGGUCAACGCUUGGUGACUUAUGCAUCAGCGAAGGGAAGCUCCUGGGUUGUUCAUACUACCAAAAUUCCGUAGGGAUUUGGGUCUCAGAUAUAUCACAAAUUGAGCCAUAUGGCAUUGGAUCUGCGGAUAAAAAGGAAUGCGUGGAGAAAAUACUCAGUGCUCUGGACGAUCAGUCCUCCGAUAAAAUAAGGAGUAGCCCAAGGCGCAGCUCAUCUCCAGAUUAUGAAACGAAAGAGAUAAAAAACAUAUACAUCGACUCUACAGGUGGAAAUUCGGCUGUUGCACAUAAGUCAGGAUCUCUAAGUACUACGAAAGUCAAAGCAACUUCUACUGGACAAGCAGGGGAUAAUAAGUCUUUAGUAGUGCAUAGUGUUGUGCCACGGGAUAGUGAUAUUGGGAAAGACUCUUCUGAUUCGGGAAAGGAAUCUAUCACUUUCUCAAAAACAAAGCCAGGCAUGCUGUUGAGACCGGCUCAUGUAAGAAAGACGCCAACAAAGUUUGAUGAAACAAAGAAGCAGUCAGUGGCUGUUCAAUCUGGAUAUUUAAAGAAAAGUGGAUUGGACGGUGAGACGGAGCUAGAUACUGAGACGGCGUUUGAUUCAGAAAUGAGUGGUAGGAAACCAUAUGAUGCCGACGAUUCUAUCAUCAAGAGUAUAACCAACAAGUUUGAACAAGCUUUAUUACCAGAAUCACCGACUGAUGAAGCGAAAUGUAUGUCGCUGAAACCGCCUCGUGUACAGAGGUCACCAAGUACUAAGUACAAUGAUGCAAGCUGGGCGACAUCUGUUGAUUCUGAAGCUUUAGACAGUAAAAAGAGUGGGUUAGAGUCCUCAAGAGACAUGGACUUGCCAACAGGGCAUAAGGAUGACAGAGGUAGUAACCUGUGUGAGGAAGAUAUCGAUAACAAGAGCAUUUCAAGUAGGUCAGAAAGAGUUCUAUCACCAGAGAAACCUGGUGAUGAACUAAAAAGCCUUGAAUCCCCUGGAGGUAGGAAAGAAUCAAACUCUGUGAAGGUUGUUAGAGGAGUAAAAGUUGUUUCGGGAAGGACACGGUCAUUGGUUGAGAGGUUUGAAAGAGGGGAAAAAAUUACUCCUUCUGAAGAUAAAGCAGCCAGUGCAACAAUAGUUCAGAGCACUAAUGCUGUAGAGGAAGAGCCCCUGACAGCAUCGGUACAAGCAGUUAGCACGACGCCUACCCAGGUAAUGCCAGUUAAACUUGAUCAGGCAACUAACUCGACGACAGUUGAAGCUCCUGUGUUAUCAACACGACGAACUAGGAGUACUCCAGUCAGAGUAAUGCCUGUGGUACUCGGCCGGGACACUAGCAUGGCAACUGAUACGCCUCCUGGAACAUCAACCCGACCUUAUAGGACUUCGGCUACUAAUUUGACAUCUGAUGUAUCUGGUGUAACAUCAACACGACAAACUAGGAUUUCUCCAGCCCCAGUCAUGCCUAUGAUACUCAAUCAGACAACAAAAAUGAAAUCUGAUGAGCCUCCUGUAACAUCAACACAACCUCAUAGGCCUUCAGCCACUAAUUUGACAUCUGAUGAGUCUCCUGUAACAUCAACACGACCUGAUAGGCCUUCAGCUACUAAUCUGACAUCUGAUGAGUCUCCUGUAACAUCAACACGACAAGCUAAGACUUCUCCAGCCCCAGUUAUGCCUGUGAUACUCAGUCAGCGUCAAACAACUAACAUGAAAUCUGAUGAGCCUGUAAUAUCAACAAGACCACUUAGGACUUCUUCGGCGCGAGUAAUGCCUGUGAUACUCAAUCAAGCAUCUAACACGUAUGAUGAGCGUCCUUUAUCAUCUUCACGAUCAGCUAGAACUUCUCCAGCCCGUGUACUGCCUAUGCAACUCAAUCAAGCAGAUAAUAUGCCAUCGUAUGAGCCUCCAGUUGCAUUAACACGAUCAGCUAGGAACUCUCCCGCCCGUGUAAUUCCUGUGAAACUCAAUCAAGCAAUUAGUGUAACAUCUGAUGCAUCUCAUAUAAGAUCCAAGCAAAGAUUUAGCCCAACUCAAACGCUGGCAACACCUGCAGUACUUGAUCAGGUGACUGAUUUGACACUAGAUAAGACAUAUAUUACACAAACUCAACAAGCUUCUGAUAUCUUGACCCAGAAGGAAGAACCUCAGAUAUCUGGGAGGGAGAAUGAUGGUGACAUUUGGGAGACUUUAAUGCAAACUCAUAAUGAGGUCUUAAACACUCUUCAAUCAAGGUUGACAAAAUUACAGAUUGUAAGACAUUUUUGGGAACGUAGUGAUAUAAAAGGCGCGAUCAUGGCCUUGAGAAAGCUGUCAGAUCACUCUGUUCAAGCAGAUGUGAUCAGUAUCCUAACAGACAAAACAGAAAUUUUAACAUUGGAUCUGUUUUCUCAAUUAGCACCCGUCCUUACAGGCUUAUUGGGCAGCAGGACUGAGAGGCCUGUAAAUGUCUCCUUGGAAAUGCUCUUGAAGCUUGUAGCAGUGUUUGGUACAGUUAUUCAAUCAACUGUUUCAGCACGACGAGUUGUUGGCGUUGAUCUUCACGCAGAAGAAAGGUUACAGAUCUGCCAAAGCUGUUCUGCGGAAUUGCAAAAGGUUCACAAGAUUCUUCCACUACUGACAAGAAGAGGUGGUCUCAUAGCAAGAAAGGCUCAAGAACUAAACCUAGUUCUUCAAACACCAUAGCUUUAGGUUCAGCUUCAAGACCAAUCGUAAUCACUUGCGAACCGUAACCCCUCCCGCUGAGUUUUCCAAUCUGUACAUUUUCAAGAAUCGUUUUCAUGUUCCUCCUGGUGAUUUUGUAUUGAAGAUUCGCUGAAAAGUCGCAGGUUCUUGUGGCGGGUUUUGAGAUAGAAUUGCGCCAAGAGAACACGAAAAAUCACUCCGGGAAAAAUUUGGUAUAUGGCUGUAAAUCGAUCCGUCUCUGGGAUUAAAGUUGUAUGUGCUUCAGAUUCUUGAUUCACUGAAUCUCAAAUGUUUAGCUGAAAUGUCAAUUACAAUGUCUCUCUCUCUCCAUGUGAAUGUAAUGUGCAAUCCUAAUGAGAAGACACCAUCAGUAUAUGAAAAUUCAUUUUGGUCGCUCGACAUA